AUGCUUGCCGUUAUCUGCGCUUACCUCAUCAUUUUUUCUCUGGUAGGCAUAACAUACAAGAGCUGGAAAACACCCAUCAAGGGUACCGACCUUCACAACAUCCGCAGCGGUAUUGGUGGGUUUGCAGAUCGCCUUGGUGCAUUUGCAUUUGCUCUGACACCAUUGACCAUUGCGUUAUGUGCGCGCGAGUCAGUUCUCUCUCUUCUCACCGGCAUCCCAUACCAAAGCUUCAACUUUCUGCACCGCUGGACGGGGAGAAUCAUCCUUGUGCAAUCAUUCGUUCACUGCAUUGUUUGGACCGUUGUUGAGGGCUAUCUUUACCAACCACAGCCCAAAAUCUAUGUCAAUUGGAUCAAACAGGAGUACAUGAUAUGGGGCAUUGUAGCACAAGCUUUGAUCACUUUCCUAUUCGUCUUCAGUCUAAGGCCUGUGAUAAGAUGGACAGGCUACGAGUUCUUCCGCAAAUCUCACUUCCUGGUGGCAAUCCUGUAUAUUGGUGCUUGCUGGGGUCAUUGGAAGCAACUCUCUUGUUGGAUGAUAGCCUCGUUCGCACUUAUGGGUUUCGACCUCGUUGCUCGCACCGCCCGCACCUUUCUCAUACACUUUGGCUACAAAGAUGGGAGCAGUGGAUUUGGUUUCCGCUCUAUACCUGCCAAGAUGGAGAUUCUCAAAGACCCAACAGGGACAAUUAUUCGUAUGACGUUUUCCAGCGAACAAUCAUGGGAACUCGGCCAGCAUUUCUAUCUCACCUUUCCCGCGCUCGGUAUCUGGCAAUCGCACCCUUUCACACCAGCAUCAAACCCGAACCCCAAUUCUCCAGUGCAGACUCACACCUAUAUUAUUCGCGCCUGCAACGGUGAGACCAAGAGACUGGCGGAGCUUGCGGAAGCAGCCGCGAACCGCUACCCUCACGGCGAUGAUACGACCCCCGUCAUCCUGCAAGGUCCAUACGGCGGCUCAAUAAUCAACAACGAAGUUUCAAACAUUCUUGCCAUCUCUGGUGGCACUGGAAUCACUUACACGCUUCCACUCAUCAAGGCUGCGCUGGCUGAAGUUUCGCCAGUGCGCAACAUCGAACUUGUCUGGACGAUUCGCCAUACCGAGAACCUGGCUUGGAUUGGCCCCGAGCUUGCGUACCUGAAGUCGCAGCUCAAUCAAGCCGCUACACAGAUACAUCAUAGCCUUGAUGAAGACAAGCUCGAGAAAGCACCCAUUGUCUCCGUUGAGACGAAAAAGCGCUUCCGGAUCCGCAUCUUUGUGACCAGACCAGAUGCUGCGAAACAGCAGCGUCCCGUCCGGCCGCAGAGACCAGACGAGAAGGACAAAGACUUCGGUUUCGACGAAAAGCUGUCGCCCGUGUCAUCAGUCUCUAGUGACUUCGACUCAGAGAUUGAGGAUCUAAUCCAGGAGCUUCCUAAUUUCAGCAUUACCUAUUUGAAUAAUGCACGGCCGCAGGCGAACGGGUUGGUCGACGCGUUUAUGGAUGAAACAGUUGAAAUUGGCAGAACACAGGUUGUCGGUUCCGGCCCACCGGAGCUUGGGACACAGAUCAGAGCCGCGGUUGCUGCGAGGAAUCUGCCAGGGAAUGUGUGGCGUGGGGAUGAUAGGGGAGAUGUCGAGUGUGUGUGGGACGACAGAAUGGGUUAA